CAUAUUCGGUCGCCGGAAUAUAAAGAAAUAAUAAUCUGUUUAUGCGAUGUGGAGCCUUGGGCGUGUUUCACGUCAUGUGAUGACGCGUAAAGAUGUCAAUCGAGUCGCGUUAUGUGUACUCCACCCUUUCACUCGACGUCCAUAUCCAGCAACACACAGUAUUCGGUCAGCACGCACAAAUCGAAAGUCCUGCGACCCACCGACUACCUACACGAUGAGUAAUGAUGAGUUCGACAUGUCGUCUGAGGAUGAGGCUGCGCUCGUAGCCGCAUCUGCAAGAGUCACGAAUGCAAAGCGCGACCGCAGUCACGAGGUGGCAUUACGUCCUGGCAAACGAUCAAAAAUUACAAACAAAACAAAUACAGCGCCCUCACAUAACACUGUACUAGCGAACAAAAUUCUCAAAGAACAUUUCAACCUCGAUGGCUUCCGGCUCGAGCAGGAGGCUGCAAUCUCACGUCUGCUUGACGGCAAUAGUGCAGUCAUUGUGUUCCCCACUGGUGGAGGGAAAAGUCUGUGCUACCAAGUUCCCGCCGUUGCUUUCAAAUAUCAAGAUCAGGAAGACGGGUCCAGAGCAUCAGGAUACCAUGGAAUUACCCUUGUGAUAUCGCCACUGAUCGCCCUGAUGAAAGACCAAGUCGAUGCUCUCUUGCGCAACAAUAUCAAGGCUGCAGUACUCAACUCUUCCGUCUCGCGCGAUCAAUACCUGGCCGUGCACGAUGAUCUUAGAAACGGACGUCUGGACCUGCUCUACUGCGCCCCCGAGAGGCUGAAUAAUGAAGGUUUCAUCGCUACACUGAAAGCAAUUCCCGGCGGCAUUCGACUCUUGGCUGUUGACGAAGCCCACUGCAUCUCCGAGUGGGGUCACUCGUUUCGCCCAGAUUACCUCAAGAUCGCUAGAUUUGCCGAAGAAGCUGAAGUCGAAAGAGUCGUCUGCCUGACAGCUACUGCAACGCCGAAAGUCUCUGAGGAUAUUCUGACCGCGUUUUCGAUUCCGAAGGAAGGCCUGCUUCGAACUACCAUGUAUCGACCCAACCUGCGUCUGCUUGCGGAGGCGAAUCCCAAGGGUACCGACUACGAAGCGAAACUCGUCGUACACCUGAAGGCUAAUCCCGGUCCUACGAUCGUCUACAUCACGCAACAGAAAGCUGCGAUGGAGCUGGCUGCCACCUUAAAGAGCAAAGGCUUUCCAGCAAAACCGUAUCACGCCGGCAUGACUCCAGAACUGCGUACACAAACUCAAGACGAGUUUCUAGGGAGUGAAAACAUGAUUGUAGUCGCUACCAUUGCUUUUGGUAUGGGUAUUGACAAGCCAGACAUCCGCAACAUUGUUCAUUUCGAUAUCCCAGACAGCAUCGAGUCGUACUGCCAACAAAUCGGCAGAGCAGGGCGAGACGGCAAGCCGAGUACCUGCAUGUUCUACCUUUCCACCAAGGACUUCCACAUCCGGAACAUCUUUACAUAUGGGGACCGACCAUCGCUGCACUCGCUCCGGCUUCUGUUUAAGGACUUGUGUUCGCCACACCGGAAAGAACUCAAUGUUGGAGACACGUUCACUGUAGAGCUGUACACGCAGUCGAGAGAUGUCGACAUUACGCCCACAAUUCUCGGCAUCUUGUACGCCCAACUAGAACUCCACUUCAAACUCUUCCGUGCUGCCGGCACACAAUACAACAGAUACAAAUACACAGUCAAGGAUAGAAGGAUCCUCGACAACGACAUCUCCCCCGCCGCCCACGCCAUCAAAGGCGCCUCAAAGCAGCUCCAAAAAUGGACACACAUCGCACUCGACGAGCUUACAGCCUCAACCGGCAUCCCCCGCGCCGACCUUGUCCGCACCCUCGAAACCUGGAACGAGUACGACGCAAUCGACCUACGCAAAGAAUCCGUAUCGCACGUCUUCCGCCUCUUACGUCCACUCCCCUCCUCAGCCACCGAAAUCAACGACAUAAUCACCCACCUCGACAGCAGCAUGGGCGCAACAGAGCAGCAAAACCUCGCCCGUACAAAAUCCCUCAUCGAUCUCAUCACGUCCAAACAAUGCUUCUCGCGCUCCCUCGCCGCCUACUUUGGCGAAACAAAGAACCUGCCAAAAGCUUGCAUGCACUGCACUUGGUGCGAGACACACACGCAGGUCGUCCUCCCCAAUGAGCCGCCACUCCCUCCCGACGAGGCGAAAGUGCGCAACGUGCUCGACGCGGUCGGUGUGCGUGACGACCCGCGGUUCCUGGCGAAAAUCGCGUUUGGCAUAAAUAGUCCGCGGAUCACGGCGCUGAAGAUCAAACAGACGGGCGUGUUUGAGUCGAUGAAUGUUUGUGAUUUUGAGGCGUUGGUGAGCGUGUUUAGGAAGGCGUGUGGGGAGGAGUAAGAUAUGACAUGCCAUGACAUGAAAUAACAUGAUAUGUGAAGGAAGGGAAACACCUACCUUUUUCCCCUUGUGCGGCUAGCUACAGGGGGAUACGGGGUUGACGCGGGAGGGCGGUGCAGGGGAGAGAACAAGGACGGAUACCCAGUGUACAUUCCGUUGUGUUUGGAUAGAGUGAAAUGUUUUCUUUUA